AUGUUAUUCAGGUUAUUUCUAUUGAUAAAUUUUUUUAUCUUAUAUUCGUAUUCAAUUGUUUCACAAAUUCUUUCACCUGUAUCAAUAUUUGAAGAAAGUCCAUUAUUAUCAGUUGUUGCUGAUCUUCGUCCAAUAUUUCAAACAUUAGAUGUAUAUCCAUAUCAAGCUGCAUUACUUCAUAGUCAACCAAGUCAACCAUUUGAAUAUAUUAAUGGAUAUAUACGUUUAAAAUCACGUUUAGAUCGAGAAGAUUAUGUUCGAAAACGUUUAUGUUUAGGCGGAAAUGUUCUUCAAUGUAAUUUUACAUUAACAUUAACUGUUAAUCUUAAUCAAACACCAUUUAAUUAUAUUUUAUCUCAACCAAUAUCAUGUCAUGAUAUAAAUGAUAUGAUACCGAAAUUUUCUCAAACAGAAGCGAAAAUAUUCAUGGCUGAAAAUGUUCCAAUUGGUCAUCGAAUACCACUUGAAACAGCUAUUGAUUUAGAUUCACCGCCAUAUGGAAUUGAUAAUUAUCGUUUAGAAACAAUCAAUGGAUAUGAACAAUAUCAAUUUUCAAUUGUUUAUGAUAGUCAAAGUCGUGAAUUAGAAUUAAUUGUUAAAGAAAAAUUAGAUCGAGAAAGUAUUGAAAAAUAUAUAUUUAAAUUAAUAGCUAUUGAUCGCGGUCAUCCGCCAAAUAUUGGUACACAAAUUUUAACUAUUGAAAUAACUGAUAUUAAUGAUUCUCCACCAAAAUUUGAAUCACCUACUUAUAAUAUUAGUGUUGCAGAAAAUACUAUACCGGAAUAUUUACUUAAAAUUCAUGCAAUUGAUAAUGAUAUUGCUUCAAAUGCUGAAUUACGUUAUAUAUUAGAAAAUGAUUAUAAUGGUUUAUUUCGUUUGGAUAAAAUAACAGGUAUAUUAACAUUAGAUCAAGCACUUGAUUAUGAAUUACAUAAAUCAUAUCAAUUGAAAGUUGAAGUAUAUGAUAAUGGAAUAAAUUCAUUGAGUGAUACAUGUACUAUAUAUGUAUAUGUUCUUGAUCAAAAUGAUCAUGCGCCUUCGAUACAAAUGAAAUUUAAUCCAAUAUUUGAACAUAAUUCUGAUGGAAAUAUGGCUUAUGUUAAAGAAUCAUUUGAUAUUAAUUUACCGAUAGCUUUUGUUACUGUAGAUGAUCAAGAUUCGAGCGAUUAUGGAAAAUCACAAUUAACAGUAGAACCACAUCGUUUAUUUUAUCUUGAAACAAUUCGUUUAAAUUAUUAUGCUGUUAAAUCAUUUCGUCAAUUUGAUCGUGAAACAAUAUCAUUCUAUGAAGUUGAAUUACGUGCACGUGAUUUUGGUCAACCAAGUUUACGUCGUUCAAUGACAUUUGAAUUAAAUAUAACAGAUAUAAACGAUCAAAAACCUGAAUUUAAAACAAAUUAUACAUUUGAUUUAAUUGAAAAUAAUCGUAUACCAACAAUUAUUGGUCAAGUCAAUGCUUUUGAUUAUGAUCAAGGUGUCAAUGGACAAAUAACCUAUACAAUAAUUCCAUCAUCAUCCUUUUUUUCUAUAACAUCAAAUGAUGGUAUUAUAUCAACAAAUACAUCAUUCGAUUAUGAAUAUAAACGUGAAUAUAAAUUUCAAGUUCGUGCAAAUGAUCAUGGUCAACCAUCACUUGAAUCAUUUGUAAAUAUACAAAUAAAUAUAAUUAAUAUCAAUGAAUAUUCACCCGUAUUUGAACAUGAUCAUUAUGAAUUUUUAAUAAAUGAAAAUGAAACAAUAAAAUUUAUUGGACAAGUUAAAGCAUAUGAUAAAGAUUAUGGAGAUAUAAUUAAUUAUUCAUUAGGUAAUCAUGAAGAUUUAUUUAUUAUUGAUCAAAAUGGAAAAAUUUGGACACAAUAUAUAUUUGAUAGAGAAUUACAAGAUGAAUAUAAAUUAACAGUUAUUGCAACAGAUAAUUCAACAAUUGGAUCAACAACUGUAACAAUUAAAAUUCAGGAUAUUAAUGAUAAUCCUCCGAUAUUUAUUUGGCCUAAUUCAAAUGAAAUUCGUCAUAUACUUUCUGAUGAUCAUUCACAACGUAUUGAUAUUAAUAAUCUAUCCUCACAAUUUAUAACCGAUAUAAUUAUACGUGAUAAUGAUAUAGGAAAUAAUUCAUUAAUUCAAUUAUUAAGUUCUAAUAAUGAACAUUUUUAUAUUGGUUUUAAUAAUUCUUUGUGGUUAAAAAAUUCAUCAAUAUUACCUGGUACAUAUACAAUUGAACUUUUAGCUAAAAAUUUUCAAUAUGAAACAAAAAAAUAUUUACAUAUUAUUAUUUAUCAAAAUAAUCCAUUAGGUUUAUAUUUAUUUAAUAAUAUGAGUAAAACAUUAAAAAAAUUUCCAAUAUUAUUUAUAUUUAUUUUCAUAUUUAUAACACUUUGUUUACUUUGUUUUUUAAUUAUUUAUUAUUUAUGUAUUAAAAAAAAUGUACAAAAAAAAUUAUAUGGUAGUAGAUUAAUUGUUAAUGAUGAUUAUAAAUCAAAACAAAAUAGUCCACAAACAAAAACAACAACAGCAACAGUCAUUUUACCGUCGAUUCAUAAUAAUAAUUAUACUGUUAUUGCUAAACAAAGAAAAAAUUCUCAGGCACCAUCUGGUAAUAGUCCAUCAACAACUGACGGUGAAUUUUCUUCAUCUUUACUUUCUUGUCCUUAUAAUAAUGGAUCAUCAUCGACAUCUGAUCUUGAUCGUUCACAUCAACAUCAUCAUCACCAUCAUCAACAGCAUCAGCCUUCCUCAUCAACUGUAUCUGCACUUACGACUCUUACUCGAAAAUCACCACGACGUCAAUCCUUAAAAAAUAUUUGUCUUCAAUCACAAACAAAUGAUACUUGUUCUAAUUCAAUUCAAAAUACAACUUCAACAUUUAGUACAUUACCAAAACAUCAUAAACGUGAUAUAACAAUAACAAGUAGAGCUACACCUGUUCUAUUAACAGAUUGUUCUCGAAAUGAAUCAAAUGGUUUUCCAACUUUACAAACUAUGCUUAAUCAAUCAACGAAAGAUAUGCAAUCAAAAUUACCACAACCACCACCAUUACUUAAUGGAAUUAUUUUACUUGAUAAAAUGCUUACAAAAUCAUCGAUAUCAAAUGAUGAUAAAAAUCAUAUAGUAACAUCAAAUUCAUCAUCUAGUAAUUUCGAAUGGUAUAAUAAUACAUCUGAUUACCAGACACGAGCUAGUAUUGUAUAA